UAAUUCUAAAGUUACCUACUCGUGGGUAACCAACCCAAACAUUUACGUAAACGAGGCAUAAUCCGACCGCUUUCUCGAUGCAUCUCACCGGUGCAUGUCAUUAUAUAUUGCUUUAUGCUUUAUUUAAAUUUCACCUUCUAUUGUGAGGUGAAACGGGCUGGAGCGAGAUCGGAGGAAAGCAGUGUUCGCUCGGCGUCGGCGACGACCGCCUCUUCCUAUCCUACCGCUCACGAAGCCUGCCUACUUUCCGCGCGCAAGAUUAAAAAAAAUCGUAUUCAUAAUUCCUGAUUAGGUACAUUAGUCGAUAUGUCGGUCAAAGUUAUUCUCGCGCUGGUUCUAAUGAUAGCCGUAGUGGUACACUCGGCGAGCAUUUUAGAUUUCAUAGACAAAGAUGUAGCUAAAACGCUGAUCGACACGCCUGAACUGCGCAACGAGCAACCGAACCGCAACUGCAUGUGCAAGGGACCGGCCUGCGUGUGCUGCGUCGAGUUCAACAUGACCCUCGUGGACUUGGGAGGACCAGGAUGUGUCCACAUGAAGUACGUGUCUCCAGAGGAAGGGUUUUCAGUCAACGUUUCUUAUGGCAAGAACCUUAUCCACAGCGCGAAAAUUCAAGGAGCUAACCCCGCUCCAAUCUGUUUGGAAGUGUUCGGUAAAUUCGCCCAAGUCUGCGCGAAGUUCAGUGACCUGGCGCCUACGGCCGACGGUCUGCGGGGCUGCUUGGAACUAGAGCCCCGUCUGUUAGGCGAGACCCAGCUGGAGUUCCCCAUUGGAUGCUUCAAGUCUACUGCUGGAGGGAUGGAGAUGGAAGAUCCGCCAGCUGAGACUGAAGAGACCACCGAAGAAAACACUGAAGAGAAUACCGAAGAAAAUGGCGGUUUCGAUGCUGAAACCUUCCUGCUCGGUGUCUAUCAAACCGCUGAGCAGGGCGUCGCCUUCCUUAGCAGCAUCCUCGACCUGCCCAACAAACUGAACGCCACCAGAACUACUACCACCUCCACCACCACUACUCAAAAACCAGAAGAAACCAGCCCUGCCGAGGCUUCUCAAAGAAGAGCCCCCAAGAACCUAAAACAUCCCAACCAACUGUGAUAUCAAGAUAUGACAAACGACUGAUCGUAUUGUUUACAAACAAAAUAUGAUCGCUCGGGUAUUAUUAAGAAUGCAUAUCGACAACUCAGUCCUAUUUUAAUACUAAGUACAAAACAGCAUUUUUGAUGUUCGCUUUUCGCACAAGGAAAAAGGCUUCCGAACUGAGCAAGGUUUCCUAUUUAUUAUUACUGUUAAGUAUUAAGAGGUUUAUUAAUA